UGCAUUAAAACAUUAUUUACCUUGACUAUUGGUUAUUUUAUUUUAUUAAUAUUUUUGUCGCAUCCUUGUAUUUGCACUCACACCAGUGCGUAGCUGGCUCCAUGCUAUCCCCGGCCUGGCAGGGAGUUGCAAUCGUUCUGCUCCCUGCAGAAUUCCGAGGGCCUACAACAGUGCUUGCCACAUUAUUAAUACUCUUGUUCUCCAAAUAAAACAUUCCUUAAGAACCGCCCUAAUUUCUUCAAGAACUCCAGGAACCCUCCCCACCAGGACCCAGGAAGUCAGAGGCAAACGCCCCACCACCCGCCCAGGCCCGCUGUAAGCCCAACGACCCCUCCUCUUCCCCCGUCGCUCCACCCUCCCCAUUCUCCCUUCCAGGGUGCUGGGCAGCGGCAAGAGCUCCAAGGCAGGGUUCAAAAGCACUAGGAAGUCGGCGGCGGGACACCUGCAGCGGGGCGGGGAGCGCAGGCCCGGCGGGAGCACCAGGCGGGCGUCCUCGGGCCGCCGGUGGCCGUGUGACCUCGCCAUGGUGGACGUGCUGGGCGGGCGGCGCCUGGUGACCCGUGAGGGUGCAGCGGUGGAGGCCGAGGCGGCGCUGCAGAACAAGGUGGUGGCGCUGUACUUCGCAGCCGGCCGGUGCGCGCCCAGCCGCGACUUCACGCCGCUGCUCUGCGACUUCUACACGGCGCUGGUGGGCGAGGCGCGGCGGCCCGCGCCCUUCGAGGUGGUCUUCGUGUCGGCCGACGGCAGCGCCGAGGAGAUGGUGGCCUUCAUGCGCGAGCUGCACGGCGCCUGGCUGGCGCUGCCCUUCCACGACCCCUACCGGCACGAGCUGAGGAAGAGGUACAACGUCACGGCCAUCCCCAAGCUUGUGAUUGUGAAACAGAGUGGGGACGUCAUCACCAGCAAAGGGCGCACGCAGAUCCGGGAGCGCGGCCUGGCCUGCUUCCCGAGCUGGGUGGAGGCGGCCGACGUCUUUCAGAACUUCUCCGGCUGAAGCGGAGGCGGCUCAGAGGGCCGGGCGGGUGCUGCGAAGAGGAGCGUGUGGGUUUCCCUCCCCUGCCGGCUUUAUUUCAUCACAAUUUCAGAACAGAAGCUUGAAGCUGUGGUAGAAAGUCAACGCUGCUCAGGAAAUAAUGCCCCCCUCACCCCCGUUUUGAUCCUGCAGCUUCUUUGUAUUAAUAGUUAUUUCUUUUAUUCUUUGAGUAGCUUUAUCCACCUGUGCUUAAGAAGAACCCUGAUGUAUUCACACUGAGCUGUCCGAAAUCUAUGCAAAACAUUUAUUUGUACAGAUCUUUUCUGGUAAAAUAAUGUAUUUAUUGAUACAUUUUCUGGUGAUCUAUUUAUUUUAAUGAUAUGCUUUUAUAACUAUAUUAAUGAAGUUUGAAGACUGUAUGCUUUGUAAUAAUAAACAAGCCUAUUUCCACCUCGA